GGGCCGCCGUCGUCGCCCCGGCAUUCCGCCGCCGGUUCGGCCGAGCGGCGUCGGCUCCCGCGUCUGUGGGCGCUGUUGUCGGACUCAGGGCGCCCGCUGAUCCGCGGCGACGACGACGAUGGCCCCCUGAGCAGAUCGGCGCUAAGUAGCGGCGGGCGGGCGGGAGCCGCGGCCCUGCCCGCGUCUGAGCCCAGGCUAAUCGCGCCUCUUUGUCUCCGGGCGGAAGUGGGACGCGCGGCGGGGACGCGGCGGCCGCACCAUGAGCGACAUCCGCCACUCGCUGCUGCGGCGCGACGCGCUGAGCGCCGCCAAGGAGGUGCUGUACCACCUGGACAUCUACUUCAGCAGCCAGCUGCAGAGCGCGCCGCUGCCCAUCGUGGACAAGGGCCCCGUGGAGCUGCUGGAAGAGUUCGUCUUCCAGGUGCCCAAGGAGCGCGGCUCGCAGCCCAAGAGACUGAAUUCGCUCCAGGAGCUCCAGCUUCUUGAAAUCAUGUGCAAUUAUUUCCAGGAGCAAAGCAAGGACUCGGUGCGGCAGAUCAUUUUCUCCUCCCUUUUCAGCCCCCAAGGGAACAAAGCCGACGACAGCCGAAUGAGCUUGUUGGGAAAGCUGGUCUCCAUGGCCGUGGCUGUGUGUAGGAUCCCCGUGUUGGAAUGUGCGGCCUCCUGGCUCCAGCGAACGCCAGUGGUCUACUGUGUGAGACUUGCCAGGGCCCUCGUGGAUGACUACUGCUGUUUGGUGCCAGGCUCGGUUCAGACUCUGAAGCAGAUCUUCAGCGCCAGUCCCCGUUUCUGCUGCCAGUUUAUAACGUCCGUGACUGCGCUCUACGACCUGUCGUCAGAUGACCUCAUCCCACCUUUGGACUUGCUUGAAAUGAUUGUCAGCUGGAUCUUCGAGGACCCGAGGCUGAUUCUCAUCACGUUUUUAAAUACUCCCAUUGCCACCAACCUGCCUGUAGGAUUCUUAGAGCUCACGCCCCUCAUCGGACUGAUCCGCUGGUGCGUGAAGGCCCCUCUGGCUUACAAGAGGAAGAAGCCUCGCCUCUCCAAUGGCCACUUGGGUCACAAGGUCGCCAAGGACUCGGGCACGGGCACGGACAGAGACUCACACCUGCUGUACUCAAAGCUCCAUCUAAGUGUGCUGCAAGUCCUGAUGACGCUCCAGCUGCACCUGACCGAGAAGAACCUGUACGGGCGCCUGGGACUCAUCCUGUUUGACCACAUGGUCCCGCUUGUGGAGGAGAUCAACAGACUGGCAGAUGAACUGAACCCCCUCAAUGCCUCCCAGGAGAUCGAGCUUGCACUGGACCGCUUGGCCCAGGCAUUGCAGGUGGCCAUGGCAUCAGGGGCCUUGCUCUGCACUAGAGAUGACCUGAGAACCUUGUGUUCCCGGCUACCCCAUAACAACCUGCUCCAGCUGGUGAUCUCAGGCCCAGUGCAACAGUCGCCACACACCGCUCUUCCCCCUGGGUUCUACCCGCACAUCCACACCCCCCCGCUCGCCUAUGGCGCUGUGCCAGCCCACCCAGCUGCCCACCCAGCCCUGCCUACACACCCAGGGCACACCUUCAUCUCAGGCGUGACGUUUCCAUUCAGGCCCAUCCGCUAGGCUGCCCUUCUAAGCCGCCAAGCGGCUGUGUGCCUUGCACCUGGGCCAAGGAAUUCCGCCUUCGGAGAGAGGGAUGCUGGCCCCAGGGACAAGAACCCUUGGGAGGCAGCAGGUGGUCUCUCCAGCUGGUAGAACCAUCUUGGUACUGAUGUCCCAAGUUGCUGGUGCCCAGGUGCCUCCUGCCUGGUCAUGUUAAAUAUCCAGAUUGGAUGGAUGAAAGGGAGUGCACUCAGCCCUCCGCAGAGAGCGCUGCGGGUGUUAAAUAUGCCAGUCUCGAGUGACAGUGGCACUCAUGCACACUCAGCCCGCCACCAGGGAACGCUGGCGGGUAAGCCGCCCCUCGGGUCCAUUUGCCCUGCCUCAGGAAUGUGCCGUGUCUCUGCCACCAGCACACGGUUUCCGCAGCUCCGUGAGCUCAGAGUGCGGAGGGAGAGACCCAUGCUUGUGCGCAGCACUGGGCACUGCUCAGGGACACCUGUUGGGAUUCCCCAUCACCUUGGAAAGGAUCUUCUGUGUUUUAUUUGGGGGAUAUCUCUAAAUUUUCCUUUCAUGUGUUCAAAAUAAAUUUUUUCUAAACAGUUUUA